AUGUCCGCCGCAACUUCCGGCAGCAUCCUCGCAUGGUCGCCGGCGCCGGCUCCAGGAGAGAGCGAUACGCAUGAGCACGAGUCACGUCAGACGCCCGGGAUAAGGAGCGUCAAAUGGCAGGGUCUUCAAGCGAGGGCGCUUCAGGCGCUAGCUGCCGCGGAGAUUAAGAAGGCCAAGGCCGCGGAGAAGCGCAAGAAAGCGGAAGCCGUGGCGAAGCGCAAAGCGGCGAGGGCCGCCGCGAAGCGCAAGAGAGCGGAGGUUGCGGCGAAGCGCAAAACGGCGAGGGCUGUUGUGAAAGCGAAAGCGGUGAAGGCUGGUGUGAAAGGCAAGCCGGGGAAGGCACCCGGAGUGCUUGACUGCGUCUUGCCGAAUCAGGAGUGCGACUUCGCGUUCAACGGGUCGCUGGCGCUCGUGCCGUUCUACCUGCUGCUCACCAUGCGCCCCUCGCAGCCCUUCUCCGACUCGCUGCUCUUCUACAAUGCGUCAACGAGGACGACAGCACCCGUGAUAGGCGGCACGCUCAAGCACAAAUGCAGGACAGUACGAGGGGAGCGCCACGCGUGUCCAUCGUUUGACAUGGUCAACAGUGCCGGCAUGAAGCUCGUCGUGCGAGGCGCAUCCCCCAAAAAACAGUACUCGGGCACGUGUUUCAUAGUGGAGUUUGAGUCGCUGCUCAUCAAGAUGGGGCUGGGCCGCAACAACAUCGCCAAGCUCACCACCCGCGAUGACAACCCGCAGUUCCCAGAGAAUCGGAGGUGUGCAGUCUUCCGGGUGGUGUGA